AUGUACGCUAAUGAGGCUGCACUGAUGGGCACUGAUAGGCUGCACUGAUGGACACUGAUAGGUGGCACUGAUGGGCACUGACAUACAGUCAGGGGCGGACUGACAACUCAUGGGGCCCCUAGGCAAUAGGGGAUCAUGGGGCCCCUGUGUCCUCGCCCACACUCAAAGCACACCCAAAAAGCCUAUAAAAAAAGGUGCCAGGGGCAUUUCAUGGGGCCCCCUACUGACCCCGGGCCCUCGGGCAGUGCCCGAGUGUUUGAAUGGUCAGUCCGCCCCUGCAUACAGUAUUUCCACAGCUAAGCUGAUGAAG